UUUAUUUUUUUAGAGUUUAAUAGUCCAUUAUGAAGAUGUUGCUUGUUUUAGGACUGGCUGUCUUAGCCCUGUCCUACGAAGUGAACGGUGGGGUCAAUCGUAGAGCACUCUCAAAUACCCAAAUGAUGCAACAGCUCUCAACAGCUACGUCAAAAUUCUCCUUCGACCUCUACAACAAGUUCACCCCAACCAACAAAAACCUGAUUAUCUCCCCUUUCAGUGUUUUCACUGCUCUGGCAAUGACAUCGCUGGGAUCAAAAGGUCAAACUACAGAUGAGAUUUACAAAGCUUUGAAUAUCGAGUCCCUCGGCGACGAUGUCCACCAUGCCUUCCAAUAUUACACGAGUCUGCUACAGGGCUUGACAAACGUCACUUUGAACAACGCCAACGGAAUGUUCGUAAGACCAGGAACUAAACUUCUCUCAGACUUCUCCAACAAAAUGAAGACUUAUUACGAUGCCAAGGCCCAAGAGUUCGAUUUUUCAAAUCCUAAAGGCCCCGAAGCUCCCAUCAACGACUGGGUAUCAAAACAGACAGCUGGUAUGAUCAAGGAUUUCCUUGCCCCGGGAUCUAUUGAUGGUAGCACAGUCAUGUGGUUAAUCAACGCCAUAUACUUUCAAGGAACCUGGAAAAGUGUCUUUGAUGAACGUUUGACAAGAAAACAUAAAUUUCACAUCGAUUCAACCACAUCCGUGGACGUGGACAUGAUGUCUGUACAUGAACAGAUGUUUAAUUACAAGCGACUAGAUAAUCUUAAGACAACUGUAAUGGAGCUUCCCUAUGUUGGAAACAGAUACAGUAUGUUCAUUCUACUUCCUGAUGCCAUUGAGGGUCUUGCUGCUCUUGAAUCUGGACUCGAUGCUCAAGCUCUUGACUCGGCUAUUCAAAACUUGCGCAGACGUCCUUUCAAGCUAACUAUGCCGAGAAUAAACAUUGAAAAAAAACUACAACUCAAAGAAUCUAAUGUGUACCAUGUAUAA